AUGUCGCACCCUGCACACAGGAGACCAGAAUAUCGUAAAAUAAACAAAGAUCUCUUUGUCCUCACCUAUGGGGCUCUGGUCGCCCAGCUGUGUAAGGACUAUGAAAAGGAUGAAGAUGUGAAUAAGUAUUUAGAUAAAAUGGGAUAUGGCAUUGGAACACGGCUGGUGGAAGACUUUUUGGCUCGGUCCUGUGUGAGAAGAUGUCAUAGUUAUUCAGAAAUUAUAGACAUAAUUGCUCAGGUUGCCUUCAAAAUGUACUUGGGAGUUACACCAAGUGUGACCUGUAACAGUUCGAGCCGAAAUGAGUUUUCAUUGGUGCUGGAUAAGAACCCGUUGGUGGAGUUUGUGGAAGAGCUUCCUGCGGGACGGUCUUCUCUGUGCUACUGUAACCUUCUCUGUGGAAUUAUCAGAGGUGCCCUGGAAAUGGUUCAUUUGGCUGCUGAUGUUACAUUCUUGCAAGACAGACUAAAAGGCGACAGUGUGACAGAAAUAGGAAUUACAUUUCUAAAAAAGCUAGAAGAGAAAAAAUACAGACGGAAAAAAUGA